GGGCGCGGGUCUGGCUCAGUGCUGGCCGCGUCGCCUCGUCGUCUACAUCACACACGUCGCUCCCUCGCCCUAGCCGCGGCGCCGCUGGCUGGGACUGCUGCGGCCGCCCUCACUCUCCUGAGCAUGACCUGGGAUGACCGCACUCCAGCCCGACCCACGAGAGGUCAGUUGCCAGCAAGCCCGAGGUGCCCUCAAGCCGGGUUGUGGUGGGAAGCCACCUACCCGGUGACCUAGGAUGCCCUAAGCCAGUUAGGUCACAUCCGGGCAUUAACACUCAUCAAAAGUUGUGGAGAAAACUUUCAAAAAGUUUAUAUCUAUCGACCUUUUGGAUUUACCUCUUCAGCGGUGACGAGGCAAUAGUGAUGACCUGGAAACUAUCGACUUGACCCGCCUCGGGUCAGGCGGGCAGGUGGUGGGGGGCGCGGGAUGAAGCGUCGUCUUGGGCACGACUUCGGGAGGCUCUCUGGCACCCUCAGGAGGCUCUGUGGCACCCUCAGGCUGCUCCUCCCGCGCUGGCUUCUCACGAUGCCAAGCGGGCAGCGCCUGUAGAAGCCUCAGGGACCUCCUGUGUAAUGUGCGCACCGCGACCCUUCGAGACAUGCUGGCCGUCAUCGGGCAAUUAACCCAAUGCUGCAAUUUUUAUAAUCGAUAACAAGAUAUAAUUUUUGUAGUCGUAGCAAUGGUUGGUAGUGCGUACGAUGGAGGAUUGUGGUGGUGGUGGUGGUGGAGAUGGUGGUGCUGGGCGGCGGUGCUGACUGCCGCCCUAGGACGCUCUGAAGCCUUCAGCAGCACCUACUCAGUAUCAGGCUUCAGCAAGAACGUCACCAACCUUCUGGACAGUCUCCUGGCCGACUACGACCGCAUGAUCAGGCCUGGACACGGAGGUCCGCCCACCACCAUAAUGGUCAACAUGAAUGUCCGCUCAAUGGGACCCUUCUCCGAGAAACAAGAGUCAUACGCUAUGCAACUCUACCUCCGGCAAAAGUGGUUUGAUCCUCGUCUCCGCUUCAACAAGACUGACCUGGGCAAGUCUGUGUUCUCCAUGAACUGGAUGUUCGCUGCCAAGCUCUGGAAGCCUGACACCUUCUUUAUCAACGGCAAGAACUCCUACGUCCACAAGAUCACCGCUCCCAACACCUUUAUCCGCCUGCAGUUCGAUGGUCAGAUCACCUGGUCCUUAAGACUCACAGUCCGAGCCAGCUGCAAGAUGCACCUUCGCAAGUUUCCCCUCGACACCCAGAUCUGUCCCCUCAGUCUGGCCUCGUACGGGUACAACGCUGAGGACAUGGUGUACCGCUGGUCUCCGGAAAAGGUCACGGUCGACCCUGACGUGAGCAUCGCUCAGUACGAGCUCUUCAACAUCACCACUAACUUCACUAACGUCGUAGUCAGAAGAAAAGAAAACAGACGCCCAGAAACCAUCUCAACGCUCAGUGUCAAGUUCCACCUCAAACGGCUCACGGGGUUCUUUCUCCUGCAAGUCUACGUUCCCUGCAUCCUCAUCGUCUGCUGCUCCUGGGUCGCCUUCUGGAUCACUAAAAAGGACGUCCCUGGCAGAGUAUGUUUAGGUACAACUACUGUGCUUUCUCUGACCAAGAUGGGCAUUGGAGGGCGCGCCUCGAUGCCUCAAGUGUCUUACCUAACAUCCCUGGACUACUUCAACUUCCUGUGCUUUGCCUACGUCUUCGGUGCCAUCGUUGAGUUCGCCAUGAUAAACUUCUUCGAGCGGAUGGCGAAGCGGAGGAGGAUCCAAGUGGAAGACGCAAAGAAGGCUUUUGACGAACGAACUGAAGCCGAAAUUGCCAUAAUGGAAUUCAAUAUGGCGGCGGAGAAGGACGCCACGAUGCUGGUGACGACGACGGUGAGGGACGAAGGAGGCGUCGACAUAGGGGCGUCUCUAAGGGACACCCUCAAAGUCCCGCUCUCUGUUGUCCCCUUGAGCGUUCAACCUAUUGAAGAAGAGGUGCAGGUGGUAGAUACUCAGAGUCCGCUGAAGGAGGCUCUGAAACUCCCCCUUGCGGUUGUACCGGUGAGUCUGCAGGCCAUAAAGAAAGAGGAGCAAGAGGGCCUGCGAGCCAGAAUUAUCACCAAGUCUCCAGAGUUAAGAGAGAGUGACGUUGACAGUGGUGGUAACGGCAGUGGUAUUGACACCAGUGUAGUAAGUGGGGAGAUGGACCCUAUACUAGCGAAAAGGGACACCCAUCUAUCGGGUAGCGACAGCGGCAGCGCUACCAGCAGAGGGAGCAUAUUUAAGUUCAAGAAAGAAUCGUCUGAACAAAAAACGCAGGACAGUGAAAGUGACCUGACAGUUAUUAAAGUAGACAUUCAGUCCGAGGACGAGUCCCCUUCUCCACCUCCCCCCUUCACGGUGUGGCAAAUCCUGACCAAGAAAAGGAAGCUAAUGUCGGAGAUGUCACCGGGGAAUACAGUGCCCAGCGAGGAGGACCUGCUCGACCGCUUUUCCAUCAUCGAUCUCUACGCUCGGAGAUUCUUCCCCUCGACCUUCUUCAUUCUCUUCACCAUCUACUGGGUCUUAUUUAACUACUACAUCACUGACGAGUUUCCAGAGGAAGAUCGGUUGCCCUCAGAUGGACUGGUUGUCGUGUAGAUAAGCUUGCUUGGAAAACUAGCAAGAUCCACUAGCCCCUAGCGCCUGUGAUUGGUUAGACAUUUUAACCAAUUAAGAGGGUGUCUUUUAGGAAUAUGAUUGGUCAGAUAUUUUGACCAAUCAAGGGGCUUCUUUAUUAAAUAACGACAACCAUCCAAUCAUAGCAGGGAUUGUAUUUUUUCCUUAACAGCAUAAUAUCCUCUUUUUCCUUUUUCCCAAAAAAGAUGUGAACAAAAGAAAAAUAUUAUUUGAUGUCCUUGCCCAUAUUAAGAACAAAAGUCACACUAGGGUUGAAGAUAUUCCAUUGUAGGUAUGCAAUCUAGUAUUUCUUGCAUAUUUUGGACGUAACUUCAAAAACAAAGAAUUGAUUGUAUUUGAAAUUGUCAUUUAAAUUUAUUAUAACAUUUUAUUUUGUCAAUAUGCCUUUCCUCAUUUAUGAGCGUUUAGCAGCCAAAAUUUAAGGUUAGGUUAUGUUAUUCCUCACACAAAUUUUUGCCUGCUAAUAAACGUUAAAUUAUCUAUUUUUGUUUAGAAGCAACAGUUUAUGACUGUAGAUAAAAAAUUAUUCGUAAGUUUAUGCACAAGUAUAUUGCAAGUUCAGUGCAAUAUUUUCCCGUCUUGAAGUACAUGGUAACAUAUUUCUAUUACCGCAUAGUUAGGUGCAGUGCAACAAGGCGCAUUUAUUUACAACAAUUUUGACAUUACUCUUUCAGGUUUUGAUGGAUCACUAAAAAUAAUCGUCUAUAAUUUUUCAAACCAAAUUUUUUAUAGGGUGAAAAAAUACCACUAUACUCUUUGUCAUUAAACACACACAAAGCGUUCAAUUACUGUAAGUAAUUUCAGCAUUGAAAACAUUUUCAGUAGCUUUCAAUAUCUGAGCGUGUUUACAAGGAUAACACGAUCAGGGUGUUUACUGAAAUCAGACGGGCCAACAUUUUGCAAGCACUUGUACCUCUAGAUGUGUACCUCAUUAUGGCGGCUAUGGUGGUAAUUAUUAUCAAGAUUAAGAGCUCCGAGGCGCUCCUAGGACAUCGGUAACGAGGAAGACCUCGUUCACCGCUUCGGAACUCGUAAACUCCUUAAUAACUACAAACUAAGCCACUAUGAUUGAGGAAAGAUGUACAGGUUUCAUAAGUUGACUCUGAAAGUGCUUGAAUAACCUUGUGUGUGUCGCAUCUUCCUACUCUAAUGUUUAUACCGAUAAAUCAUGUGAAUAAAUCUCUACUAGAGAUCUGAUGUACAGACACUUUUCAGAAAGGCUGCGUUUGUAUAUAAAUACUCAUAUACUUGGCGUCCUGUAUAUGCAUUACACAUCCAGUCACCAACACACAAUCAUAUUCACCACUAUCAAUAACGCUCGCCAAUAGAAAAUGGACUCUGGAGCCUGAACAUAGUAUAAAUAUGUGUAAAUAUAUAAAAGCAUUAUUAAUACUCUAUCGGAAUUUGGAGACGAUAUCUUUGUAAAUACUGCCCAUAGCGAACAUCUUAAUGUUGUUGUUCAUUAGAAGUUUCCUGUGAUCAUCCUCAUCACCGCCAUACCAGUCCAUUAGCUGAAGAAUGAAUGUUUUCACUUUAUAUUCACAAGAAAAUCAUAAUGUUGUUUCUUUUGGAUAUCAAUGGGUUCGAUCCGAGGCCGACCGACACUAAGUCAGUCCGAGCGCUGUUCCGAGACUGAGCCCACCGGUACAGGGCUCACUGCUUUGCUCACAUUCUCACCCGGUCGGCUCUCGGAAUACAAGUAGUUUAACUGAACUAUACGUUUGUAGUUAUUGUCCAUGAAAGAUUUGGAAAUGUGUAGAAUUUUGGUUGAAUAUAUUUUGCUUAAAAGACAUAAUGUUUUUAAGUUUACUGUAAUCAUAGAUAUAAACAAGGUGUCCGUAUGAAUCCUUUACGAAGCUUCGAACCACCGCAUCAUUUUUGCACGAGAUUUUGGUAAAUUAUCUAUUGGCUAAAUCAAACAAAAAUUAUAUAUACGUGCAAUACAUAAAUGGAAUGCAUAUUUUAAAAGGAAUAUGAGUUAAUAUAACUUAUAUUUUGUAAAAAUAAUGCUUCGACUCGAAGCUUGGUAAAAGACACAUGCGAAAACUUUGUUUUCCUCCGAACCAAUAAAAACAUUCAUGCGAAUAACUAAAUUAGUUUUGUAUGUAGACAUUUUCUGUGUAUGACUCCAACUGCCAAAUUUUAACGGUAAGUUGUCACGUAUUCCGUUAAAACGGGACGCAUUCUUUCCAAUAUUGUUGGUAUUUAACCAGUGUCACUUAGGAGGUAUCAACGGGCCCUAGGUCCCACUGGGGGCAUCAAGGGAUGAUACCUACGUAGGGACCCACUUGAUACCAAUAUCACCGUGAAGGUAUCAAAGGGGGUCCCUAUGUUUGAAACUGGAUAUAAGGCAUGACUUUUGGAGUUUCUGGGUGAACAGGUAGUUUCGAACUAGCUACAUAGAAACAAAAGUACUCGAAUUGUCUAAAAUGUUAACACAAUUGUGUCAGCAGUUAGAAAUGUAUACACUUUGUUGCCAUAUCAUAAAAACAGCAACGUUCACUUCCAGAACUUUUAACUUCGAAUCUAUGAACGCUGCUUGUAUAAACUAUGUUCCAUUUUUUUAUUAUUUUUGUCAUUAAAUUGUCAUUACGUCCCUUUACCCUGAUUUGACCCUUGAACGUGGUCAUGUGACUUUUGUUUUCUCAAGUUUUUACUUCGUUUCUUCCGGUUUGGGACACGAUUAUGUUGCAUCUAUACUUCCCAAUUAAACCUAUCGGGAUA